UCCGAGAACCGAGCAGGCUUAUAAGGAGGAACACACACCAGCGCUCAGCACACUCAUUUUUUUUUACUCCUCUCAGACAGAAAACAGAGAGUCACAGCCAAGAUGAGACUGUACCUUGCGGUUGCCGUGCUGAUGCUGGCUUUUGUCGCGUGCACAGAGGCUCAGGAGGACAGCAUGGGGCAGCGGCUAACCAAGUUUGGCGAGCAGGUGACCGAGUUAGGCAGGAACCUGGGUGAGAAGGUCAAGGGUGCCGUUGAAAAGGUCCAAACCAACGAGUUUGUAGUCUCUUCAAGGGACAGGAUCCGGGAGUGGUAUAACACGAUGAGGACCAACAUUGAAGACCUCAUCAACUAGACAGGUGUCUGUCUUCAGCCUGCCCUCCGCCCCCACAUCUGACCUCCUCUCUCUCCCCUGAUAGGGUAUUGAUAUGUCACAUGACAUACUGCUGGCAAAAAGGUUCCACUGCCUCUUUGUUGUUUUUUUUUUAAAAAAAUAUCAUUUGACUGUAAUCUGCGUUGAAGACAUGAAAAAAAUAAAAGGUGUUUUUAUAUAAAUCCUGUGUUAGCAUCAGUAUUUUUCAGUGUAAAGAAACAAGAGAUCCUCACUGUACUAACUGAAACAGUCUGUUAAUAAUGUUUGAUGUCAAUAAAUGAACACUUCUGGUCU